AUUACCAAUUCCGGUUAGAAUCACAAACCAGUUCGUGUUGAUAGCUGCUUGAAAAUGGAUGCGAUCAAGUUCACCGUGCUUUUUCUCAUUGUUGUGGUUUCAACAGUAUUCGCCAAAUUCGAAACAGAUCACUGCAUCACUGCCGAACUGAAACCAGGCAGAUGCAUCGUUUUGCAAGAAUGUCGACAAAUAUUCGAUAUGGCUAAUGACUUGUUGACACCUAUGACACCUGAACGGUUGGAAUUCUUAAUCAAGUCACAAUGUGGUUUUCUCGGAAGCAAUCCGAAAGUGUGCUGCCCACUAGUAGAUGCAGAAGAUUCCGAUAAAGAAGAAAAUAGCUUACAUGCUGAUGCAUGCCAAAAAGUCAACUAUUUGUGAUUUGUAAACAGAAUAAUUUCAUCUCCAGACGCCGAUAUAUGUCAAAGUACAACAACUAGAUUUAUAAGUCAGCAACUAUCUACUUUCUAUUGUAUUUAUUGUAGAACUGUUAGGUUACACAAAUUUGUGGUAUAUCUGGACCUAGC